AUGAAGGACGCGCGGGAGCUAUUCCCAUGGCAAGGUAACCAAAAGAUCCUGGCUAGCGAAUUCUGGGCUUCUCUAGAUGGCCAAGACGAAAGUUGCCAGAUGGAAGCAUUGCUACGUGUACUGGCAGCGUUCAUCUUCCACAAACACAACGGGUUUGUCUUUACCAGCGGGCUCAUCCACUUCACAGCCAUACUAGGAAUCGAUGCGGAUGCAGGCCGCCUACGUCCCGCAAAGCACUAUUCGUACCUGCUGGCUGGGGUCGUGUACUGCGUGCGGGUCCUCGGGGCGGAAGUGCUACUCCCAGCAUCCCAGCGUGAUCGCCAGGCCGACAAUGAGCUGGCCGCUUUCCUGACAAAGCGAAGGGAGUUUCUGGCAGACGGCUCGUAUAGUCCCAUAAGCGAGAUACUAAGCCUGUUGGCGUUUAGCAAGCACAUUGCAUUCAACGAUGGAAAUGCCGGUGCAGCCCUGUGGUCGCAGGAUAAAAAGAUCUUAUACUACCGGGGAAAACCC